GAAACCAAGGUCAGGUUAUCUACUUAAAUCCCCCUUCUACCUUACACCCAUGCGUUUGGCAUCUUGUUCACCUUGAUCGCCAUUUGUUGUGUGAUUUCUUUGGGAGAAUGUCGAAGCCAACGUUGUAUUACGCCCUAUUUAGCCCUCCGGCCAGAGCUUGCAUCCUGGUGGCCAAACUAAUCGGCCUGGACCUGGACCUCAAACCCGUUGAUUUUGCCAAGAAAGAGCACCUGAGUGAGGAGUUUAUAAAGCUAAACCCUCAGCACCAGAUUCCGGUGUUCGUGGACAGCGAUGGCGAGGUCUACGUAGACAGCCACGCAAUCGUGUGCUUCUUGGUGGCCAAGUACGCCAAAAACGACCAGCUGUAUUCGCAGGAUCUCAAGAGGCGAGCCCACAUCGACCACCGCAUGCACUACGAGAAUGGAGUGCUCUUCCAGGUGGUCAAGGACAUUGUAGCGCGGAAUAUAUACGGCGGAGAAGGGGAGUUCAACCCCCGAUCUUUGACCCUCUGCCAUAAUGCCUACGCUGAUCUGGAGCACUUCCUGCAGAAAGGCAGCUUCGUGGUAGGCAACGAACUGAGUGUGGCCGAUGUGUCCAUCCACACCACGCUGGUGACACUGGAUUUGCUCAUACCAGUGGAGCGGGAGAAGUACCCGCAGACAAAGGCCUGGAUGGAACGCAUGGAGAAACUGUUGCCGGACAACGAGGAGAUAAAUCUCAAGGGUGCUCGGGCCCUGCAGACCCGCAUCCUGAAUUGCAUGGCCGAAAACAAAGCCAAGGAUCAGUAGAUUGUCCCUUAAUCCUGUUUUCUUAUUCUCUUUUUUGGGUAUUUUAAUUUCAAGAUUUACCUUUUACUUUCUAGAAAAUCUUCGAAUUUUACUGAUAUACCAAUUUUUAAAUAAAAUAUGUAAAACUGUUCAA